AAGCAUCGCUGGCUACCCAAGUGAAGGGAGCUAGUUAAGAUCAAUCAAUCGAGAUCGAGAGAAGGAGAGAGCUACCAGCAAUGGCGGAGAGGGUGAGGAGGCUGGCGUCGGAGCGCGCGGUGGUGAUCUUCGGGAUGAGCAACUGCUGCAUGUGCCACGUGGUGAAGACGCUCGAGAUGGGCGUCAGCUGGACGGUGCACGAGCUGGACAAAGACCCCCGCGGGAAGGACGUUGAGAGGGCGCUCGCUGGCAUGGUCGGCCGGAGCCCGCCCGUGCCGGCCGUCUUCAUCGGUGGUGCGCUCGUCGGCCCCACCGAGAAGGUCAUGGCGCUGCACCUCGGCGGCCAGCUCGUGCCGCUCCUACGCCAGGCCGGCGCCCUCUGGCUCUGAGCUAGACAGCCCCAUACAAAUGCAUGGCUGAUGCGCAUGGAGUACUAGCUUGCAGUUACAGAGUUAUACUACAGUACUACGUACACUACAUGUGAUCACAAUAUGAGAAUCCACCUUAUGCGUACAUAAUGCUGUUCGAUCGGUUAAUGCCGUAUGUAUUGUA